ACGGACUUGAAAUAUAUGUAUAUUUUAAAAAUCAUCAGUGUUCUUCGACAUCCCUCUGUACCCGUGGAUGUACAAAGAUGUUGAGCACGCAGCAAUCAUCGCUCUUAUAUUCAUUCGUCAGUGCGUGGUGCAGUUGUUCGUCGCUCUGGCCCUCGGUCAGCUGGGAGUAUUAUUUGCGUCAAAUUCAAUACUGCUCUGUGGUCAACUAGAGCUGCUAUGUUGUUCUCUACGCAAUGCAAGGUACACUGGUUUACUGCUUAACGGAGUCGAUUACGAUACAAUCAAAUCACAAGGAUACAAUGUGGAGGAUGAUGAGCGACAUAACUACCUCUACAACAAAUCCGAAAUGAAACCGUCUGUACAUCAUUAUGAUAAAAAGAUCAAAAUAACUAAUGAGCGGAAAACUGAUUUUGAUAUAUAUAGCAAAGCGUAUGACACACACACUACGUUGGCUCUUGUGCAGUGUGUGCGUAUGGGGCAAGUAGUGCAGGAGUUCAAGGAGCGGUUGGAGAGGUUCGUGUCACCGCUGCUGGCGCUGAGAGUGGUUCAGGUCACGCUGUACCUGUGCACGCUGCUCUAUUCUGCUAGCCUGAAAUUCGACAUGGUGACCGUGGAGUACUUGGCCGCCGUAGCGCUGGAUAUAUACGUGUACUGCUAUUUCGGUAACCAGCUCGCUGUACAGGCUGGGCGUGUGACUGUAGCUGCAUACCAGAGCGAGUGGCCCAGCAUGGACUUGGCGUCUCGCAGACUGCUGCUCAACUUGCUGCUGUCGCAUCGGAGACCGCUGCUUAUUCGAGCUGGAGGCUUCCUGCCCAUUGACUUACACACCUUCGUACUGAUUAUCAAAACGUCGUUUUCCUACUACACACUGUUAGUUAACGUUAACGAGAAGAAGUAAGCAAAGCUCAUGUUAUCGCCACUAAAUAUUUAUG